AUUCUCCUGACAUGUCAGCUGGUAUAAAUACUCGGAGCAGCCUUCUUUUUACGCAGCCCUGUUUUAUGAGGGAAAAUGUAUCGUCUCGGUCAACAGUGUAUCCCCCAGAUCGCCUUCAAUUCCUUUUUAUCCGCUGUGCCACGGGAAUAUUUUCAUUUUACGAGACAAUAUAAUAAAAGCUGGUCGUGUAUUGGCUGAUUUUGGAUCAAAUUAUACAUUUAUCUGCACGAAAAUGCCGAGGACCAAGAAAAAGAAUGGCAGGGGUGGGCAGCAUGGAAAUGUGCAGCCUUUCAGUGAUGAGGAUGCUUCUAUUGAGACCCUCAGUCAUUGCAGCAGCUUCAGUGACACUGCCAGUGUCGCAGAUGAAGGUGGAGAGGCCAGUGAGGACACAGCCCAGGAGGAUUUCCAGUACAAGCUGAAGGGGUUCAUAGACAGCACGGUUGAUAAGAGUGCUAAGACCAGACAAGGAGCACUGGAUGGGCUUAAGACGGCAAUGGCCACACGGAUCCUGUGUGAGUUCAUCUCAGAGAGAAGGAUGACUAUCACAGACAGCAUUGAACGCUGCCUCAAGAAAGGCAAAGGCGAGGAGCAGCGGGCAGCAGCUUCUUUAGCCUGCCUGCUGUGUAUCCAGCUGGGCUCUGGCAUCGAGAGCGAGGAGGUGUUCAAGACGCUGAAACCCAUCUUCAAAAACAUCCUGGCAGAUGGAUCAGCCAACCUACAAGCCAGACAGGCUGUUGCGACAAGUCUGGGCCUCUGUACUUUAGUGGCAGAAGAUGACAUUUUGGACGUGCAUUCUACCAUGGAGUGCUUUGAGAAUCUGUUCACCCGGUCCUAUACGAGGAAGGAUGGUACCUGUCCUUUGAUCAAUCCCCAGACAAGCCAGCUCCACACCAACGCCCUGCUGUCCUGGGCACUGCUACUCACCAUCUGCACUGCCAGCCAGCUCAAAGACAUCAUGUGCAAACACCUGCCUAAACUACCAAGAUUGCUCGAAAGUGAGGAUGUCAACAUGAGAAUUGCUGCAGGAGAGACCAUCGCCCUGCUCUUUGAGUUGGCCAGAGACAUGGACUCUGAGUUUGAGUUUGAUGACUGGGAUGAACUGUGUGACAAACUGAACGCGUUGGCCACAGACUGUAACAAGCACAGAGCCAAGACCGACAAGAGGAAGCAGCGGUCGGUGUUCAGAGACGUACUCAAGGCUGUUGAGGAGGCUGACUUCCAGUCAGAGACCAUUCGCUUUGGGACAGAGCGUAUGACCAUUGACAGCUGGGUCAGAAAGAGGACAUAUGAUGCCUUCAGAGAGUUUGUGGGGUCUGGGAUGAACUACCACCUACAGGCAAAUGAAUUCAUCAGAGACGUUUUUGAACUGGGACCACCUAUGCUGGUUGAUUCAGCAACAAUGAAGGCCAUGAAAAUCUCUCGCUUUGAAAGGCAUCUCCACAACUCUGCUGCAUUCAAGGCUCGGACCAAGGCCAGAAGCAAGUUCAGGGACAAGAGAGUGGACGUGGGAGAAUUUUAACUCUUUUUAUCUUUUUGUUUUUCACUCUAAUACCCUAUUCAUCAGGCUUCCCUGCUUUUUAGAUGAAUUGUCACGACUUUGUGUCCCUGUGAUCCUCACUCGAAAUCUAUCUUUUGAAUAUCAAACCCUGACCCUCUGUAGACUUGAAAGGUGGCUUUAUCACAGAUGCUCUGUAGUGGACAAAACAUUCUUUUUAUAGCCUCCAUUCAAGUCUACAGGAGGUGAGUGUUUGUUUGAUAAUCAAACAAUAGGUUUGGAGUAUAACUUUAAUGUAUCCACACUUAGACGGUGGUGUUGUACAUAGUGUAUAUUUGUCUGCUCCUCAUGUUAAUAUUCAUUAGGUGGCUUUUUUUUUUUUUUUUUUUGUGUGUGAACAUAAAUUAUAUAAUUUUGCCAGCAUUUGUCUUGUAGGUCUAGUUAGUUCACAGCAAUGUCAAGACAUGUUGUGAAUGAUCUAACACUUUGUUGAAUUUGUAUUUAAGUUGCACUACCUUGUAAUCUUAGCAGGUUAUUUAUGUAGAACUUUGAAUAUUCUGCUGUCUUUUUAGUAUUGGGUAUGUAAUCUAAAGGGUAAGGAUGGUGAAAUAAACACAAAAGCUGUAAGAAAUGGAUCCCUAA